GGCCACCGUGGAUCGAGGCUCUCGGCGCUCCACUAACCGCCCCUGGCCACCGCGCUGCCUCAGCGAGGGAUUUUUUUUUGUUUGACGCGGCCCUCGAACUCUUUGGGGUUGCACUACAACAACGACAACAGCGGCAACAACAACAACAACCAAACACAAUUCUCCCCACCACCAUCACCAUCACCACCUCCUCCUCCGUGCGAGUCGCUGUGCACCUUCGCGGCGUCUGACCCCGCGUGAGGCGAAGCGGUUCACUUUGUGUGCGAGGGUCAUGUCGAGUGUUCUCUUUGCAUCGGUGGUGCGUGUGCGCGACGGGCUGCCUCUGUCGGCCUCCACGGACCAGCAGCCGACGGCGGCGCUGCAAGCGAGCAAGCGUAGCCUCAAGCUCUUGUCACGACGCUUGUCCGCUCUACCUGACCGCUGCUCCCUGGGCGCCGCACCCUCCCAGCGUAUCCACUUCAUCAGCGCGCUGGGCGUGGCGUACCUGCUGGUGUGCGAGGACGCCUACCCGGCCGUGCUCGCCUUCUCCUUCCUGGAUGAGCUGCAGCGCGAGUUCCUGUCCACGUACGAGCGAGCGCGCAUCGAGACCGCCGUGCGGCCCUACUGCCUCAUCGAGUUCGACACCUUCAUCCAGAAGACGAAGCAGAGGUACAACAGCCCUCGGUCGCUGAGCGUUCGUCUCAACCUCACCGAGCUGCAGACCGAGCUGCGCCUGAGGCCACCGCAUCAGUUGUCGGAGAGAGACUUCGCCAACGGAGGGGUGUCCACCAGUGCAGAGCCGGUCCACACGAGCCUGUCCCCCCGAUCGCACCUGGGCCCCGUUAGUGUCACUGGAGCCAUCUCAUUGCUGCUCAACUUCGUGUGCGGUCUCCUCAACCUGGUGCGAGGAUUCCACCUCCUCGAGAACACGCUCAUGGAGGAUGGAGAAGGCUCGUUUAACAUCAUGGUGUUUUUCCUCGCAUGUUCCACAUCCUUCUAUCAGUGCUCCCUGCUCGUGCGCCAGUGCCAUUGGCGGAAAGCCAAAGCUCUCGCGUCACUCGCCGUGGUGUGCGCGUGCAACGCACGCCUCGCCGACACCCGCACGGCCUGGCAGCUGCUCUUCCACGUGGGCGCGUCGAUCAUGGGGGCCGCGCAAGUGUGCGCGUGGCAGCCCGCCGGGAAGAGCGCCGACUACAACGUGUGACCGACCGCCUCUCCCCACCCCCUCCCUGCCCGCACCCAACUCACGGCACCCCCAUUCCACACGGCACCUUGUGCCCACAAGGAUAACGGCUACCACACAAUCCAAGCUGCCAAAUUGAAUUUCUAGCGGAGUGACAACUUAGGGAGCUGACAUCUGUAUAAGUUGCUCAUUUGUUACGUGUUUUUUUUUUGUUUCCCAUGUGGUGAAGGCUAAUUCACUGUCUCUGCACUGAUGAGUGUUGGCAGUCUUGCCGGUAGUGGAAAUUCCACACUACUGUGGAGGAUGUGAGUCUAUCAGACAUCCACUGUUCCAGUGUAUAGGUUUAUUUUGAAUGUUAUAUCCUAUCCAAGUUGUGCUUUAAUCACCCAUAUAGCACUCUUAUAGAGAACUCAACUAGCAGUCCGAGGAUUUCAAAUUAAAAUAACAAUCAGGGUUGUACCAAGCCCAUCAUAUUUUUGCGUUUGGUAAAAUGCAUACCACUUGGUGAGUCAUUAGUGUUUGUCCUAUAGAUAAACUUGCUCAAAUUAUGUGGAAUUUCCACCACCAGCUUUGGACUACCCAACAAAUAUGAAUGAAACACUUUGGCUUUAAUUUGGACUUCAGUUCUAGUGGAGUCGAGGUACGAAUAAAAUGUGUUCAUGAAAUGACCUUUAUUCCUAAACAAUGUGA